AAAAUUUGCUAUUAGUUAAAUACCUUUCCGCACUGAAGGGCUGAUUUACGUCAAAAAUACGCAUAUUUGGGUUGUUUUAUUUUUCUGUGUAGGGUCAUGACAUGGUUUUGUUUACCUGGUCCAGUCGGAAAAAAACGGAAAAAACAUUGAUGAUUUCUGUGAGAGUUUUAAAAGGAAAAAGGUGUUUCGUUCCGAGUAGGAGUUGUGUGGACGAAAUGGAACAUUUAACUACCACAAUAAAAGUUGAAGAGCUUAUAAUAUCCGACGCUGUGGUUACGGAAGUGGGAACUCCGCUCACUAGCAGCAAUCGGUACUCUGAUACACCGAUUGUAACGAAUGCCGUGAGAAAAGGUUCUACUGAUGUGAAACAAGCACCUGUUACGGACAUCACCCAUGAAACUGAGACUAAGACAACUUGUGAUAGAAUUCCAGCUUCUAGCUUUAGCAACUCGGCCUUUUCGGAAGUACGCAACACCAGUGUUCAUGAUCAUCCGAGAAAGAAGUACACUUGUGAAACCUGCAACAAGGAAUAUACAGCGAAAUACAACUUGGAGGGUCAUAGAAGAACACACACCGGAGAACGACCUUUUGCGUGUGAUAUCUGCUGCAGAACAUUUCGCACAGCUGCGUGUUUGCAGUACCAUAAGAAUGCACAUACAGAGGAUCGGAAUUUCGAGUGUGACAUAUGCAAGCGACGUUUUACCCUAAAAGCAAAUUUAUCGGCCCACAUGAAUAUACACCGCACAGAUUGUCCUCAUAAGUGUCUGAUUUGCGAUAAAACAUUCGCAAGCGAUUGUCAUCUCGAACAACAUAUGAGCAGUCACAGCGAUGCACGGCCCUUCAAGUGCGAUAUCUGUGACGUAUCGUACAAGAGACAAAGCGAUCUGAAAAGUCAUAUUAGGAUCCACCAGGUCGAGCCCUCCCCAGGCAACACAGAAGGUUUGGAGACCAAACAGGCUGAUGACAGCCGAAGUAAUGGAUCAGCAAAAUACACCUGCGACAUAUGCGGUAAACAGUACAAACGAAUGAGACCACUUCACUCACAUCUGAAGGUUCAUCAGAACACAACUGGAGUUGAGCCUCACAACACAAAACCGCAGGAGUGUGCGAUUUGUGGAAAAGGAAAUUUGACUAAAGCCAUGCUUAUAAGGCACAUGGUUUGUCACACUGAAGAACGGCCUUUUAAUUGCGAUAUUUGCGGUGCAUCAUUUAAAUCAGCUCUACAUGUGAAAGUCCAUGAAAAAAAGCACACCUCCAAGAGGCCAUAUGAAUGCGAAAUUUGCGAAAAAAAGUUUCUUUAUGCCUCCAGGCUAGAGCGGCACCUAUUCUACCACACUGAAGCACGCCCUUUUAAAUGCAAUAUUUGCAAUCGAUCAUUCAGGUCAAACCAAAAUCUAAGCUAUCAUAAACGAACACAUAAUUCAAAGUAUGAGCUCAAAUAUACGGCCCAUAAUCACGUAAAAAUCAAAAAGUCAUUUUGUUUCGAGUCCGUGAAUUGUUUAAGAGAAAUGGAGGAAUUUAGCGUAACGAAGGUGGAAAAAGCCACUUCAAUCAAAGUGGAAGAACUUAUAUUACCCGAAGUUGUGGCUACGGAAAAGGAAAAUCCGCUCGCCAGUAGUGAUAGGUGCUCUGAUGACCCGACUGUAAGGAAAGUAUCUACUGAUGUGAAACAAGAACCUGGGACGGACAUCAAUGAAGCUGAGACUGAGACAGCUUGUGACGAAAUCGCAGCUUCUAGCUUCAGCAACUCGAACGGCUCGGAAAUGCGCAAUACCAAUAUUGGUGACGAUCGACGGAAAAAGUACGUCUGUGAGUUUUGCAACAAAGAAUUAAGCUCAAAAUACAAGCUGGCGGAUCAUAGAAGAACUCACACCGGGGAACGACCCUUUGAGUGUGAUCUUUGCAACAAUACUUUCCACUCAUCUGUAAGUUUACACUACCAUAAAAAGUUCCACACAAAAGACCGGAAAUUUGAGUGUGACAUAUGCAAGCAAAAUUUUACCCUAAAAGUAAAUUUAUCGGCCCACAUGAAUAUACAUCGCACAGAUUGCCCUCAUAAAUGUCUGAUUUGCGAUAAAACAUUCGCAAGUAAUCGCAAUCUCGUACAACAUAUGCGCACUCACAGCAAAGCGCGGCUCUUCGAAUGCGACAUCUGUGAUAAAUCAUACAAGAGACCUCUUAGUCUAAAAAUUCAUAGGAAAACCCACAAGGUCGCGCCCUCCCCGGGCAACGUGGAACGUUUGGAGCCGAAUCGAGCCGAUGACAGCCAAAGCAAUGGAUCAGUGAAAUAUGCCUGCGACAUAUGUGGCAAACAGUACAAACUAAUGAACUCACUUAACACACAUCGGAAGAUUCAUCAGAGUACCACUGUGAGACCUAAGUAUAUAUACCAAAACAGGAAGCAGCACGAGUGUACGAUUUGUGGAAAAGGACAUCCGACUAAAGCAUUGCUCACAAGGCACAUGUUCAGUCACACGGAAGAACGGCCUUUUAAUUGCGAUAUCUGCGGUUCAACAUAUAAGUCAGCUUAUGAUGUGAGAGUCCAUAUGAAAAGGCACAUCUCGGAGAGACCGCAUAAAUGCGAAACUUGCGGAAAAGGGUUUCUUGUUAUCUCCGCGUUAAAGCAGCACUUGAUUAGCCAUACUAAUGAACGACCUUUCAAAUGCAAUAUUUGCGGUCUAGCAUUGAGGUUCGAAUCUAAUCUAAGAAAUCAUAAACAAACGCAUAACUUAAAGAGUGAGAGCUGCACACCCGAUCAAAAUCUUGUGUCCCCUGUGGCUGCUCUAUCUGAAGAACAACUUUUCAAUUGCGAUAUUUGCGUUUCAUCGUAUAAAACAGCAAUAAAUUUGAGAAAACAUAUGGAAAAGCAUUCCUCGGAGAGCCCGCAUAAAUGCGAAAUUUGCGACAAAAGAUUUCCAUAUUCUUACAGACUAGAGCAGCACAUGAUUCGUCAUACUAAUGAACGGCCGUUUCAAUGCAAAAUUUGCAGCUCAUCGUUCAAGUCGAUUUUUAAUCUACGAAGUCAUGAAAAAAAGGUACAAUGUAUGAGAAAAUCGACAAUGUUUUAAGUCGAUUCGUGUUUCUAUAUGGUUAUGGACACAGCCAAGCCAGGAAAACAGUGUCAUCAGCCAUUAUCAGAAUUGGUGCGCUCGGAUUUAUGAGGGUCAAUGGAUAACGUUUUGAUAGGCGGAAGCAAAUAUUUUCUGACGUUCAUGGAUAAUGCUAGUAGGUAGAUAUUAUAUAUACAAAAAAGCUUGACGAAUGCCUAGUUCAAGUCUUUCGCUCUCUAUCCGAAAGAUUUAAAGGUAUGCAAUUUAUACCUUCGUUGACUCACACACCAACAAGAUAGCUCUUUAUUAAAUACCUAGCACUGAGCGGGACUUAGCAAAAAUUUUUUGACACUCAA